CUUAUUAAAUAGAUUUUAUGACAAUUGACUGAGAAUUUGAAAGUUUGGAAACUCAACUAGCGUCGUGACUGCAAGAACCAUGAUAACUUCCACUGACGUGUUUUUCUCACAGUCAGCUGCUUUCAGCAACGUCAUACUGGGAACUGUGGGCGAACGGGUGGCUGAUGUUACAAUACGAGAAAAGAAAACUCCUCAAGAACCAGUGGACAGUCUGACUAAGUUCAUCGCGGAGCUGCAGAAAAGACAGAAUACUCUGAAGACUGUCGCAGAAAAAUGCAAACUUAAACAAAAACAGGUAGAACUUGAAACCAAAAGAGAAUUCUUGGAUAAACUUCCGAAGGACAGAUAUUCUUUACUUGGAUCAUCAGCUGUCAUCGCCGAACUCAAACAUUGUGCAGCUAAGGCAAAGGCGAUCUGUACAGUUGCGUCCAGUCAGUCGGAUAACAGUGGUAGCAUGGGUAGCAAUUUUGACAUCGUCAAGUUAUCCAUUCCAGAACUGGUAACUGUGGAAAUUAUAGUUUUACAAUCCGGAGGAUCAGUUCAACAUGUUGCAGUCACUUCUUCGAACUUGCCAUGCGAUGUUGUGUUGUGUGUCAGCGAGAAGUUCUCGCAACUGCUCAAACAAGCCAAAUACAACGAGUUCGGCAAGUUCUUCAAGAGCUGGAUUGGACUGUAUUGUGACAACAUCGGAGACAGUGUCAAUCUCAAACUGAGACCCAAAGUCAUUUCGGCCAUCAGUGCACUCCUAUCGGACAUCGAGGCACUUAACAAAUCAUUCAUUGUCGGACUAGAUCCAAGUAUGAAAAGUAUGAUCAAAAGUGUUGUUCAUGGGAAUCCUUGUGGGCUUUUCGCGAAAAUUCCUCAAGCUCCAAAACCCCUCAUCAAGUUCUAUGUCAAUCCCUAUGACGUCAUGAAGUUUGGAAAGUCAAUGGAAUCGGACAUCUCAGAUUUGCCUGCAAAUGUCGGAAUCACAGCUCAUUUGGAGUUCCAGCAAAUAAACUCUCCAAAAAUCUUGUCUGAAGCCGGAUUUCUGACCUCCAACAACCCUUCCUCAAAGAGCUCAAAUUCAGUACGUAAAGUGCAGGUUGCUCCUUUGGUAACGAGUAUCCAACCUUUGAAGAUAGCACCGACGCUUAAUAUAAACAACAGCUCCCCAAUGCCAGUCGCAUUCUGCCUUACAUUUCACAAGCCGAUGCCCCUUUUCGCAUGCUACGUGAAAGAACUACAGGAGUUCACAAAAUCGCUUUUGCUGGAUUCGAAGGAGCCUCUUAAUUGGCUGUACGCCAUGUCAGCUUAUCAGGGUGUUGUGCCGGACUACGCUCAUGAAUAUGCACACGCACUGCCCAGCUGUGACCUUUUAACACUAAUUGACCUUGACAGGAGCUGCGAAGAGGUCAAAUCUGCGACUGGGUGCUACAUGGUGCAAUCUGUCUUGUUCACGCACGUGAAUCCGUUGCCGCAUAUUGUUCACAUUAUGCGCAAACAGGCUGCAAUUAAUUCUCUCAUCGGCGAAUUGAUGAGAAAACAAGCGCUUCCUGGAACUGCUAAACAUGUCGAUGUGGUCAUUCUCAGUGUAGAAGAAAUUCAGAUCAUGUUCACUCAUCCUCUCAAAGCCAGUUGUAAAGUUACUGUUGAAGUGAAGCUACUGCACCCUGACUUCGCCAAUCCCUCGUGCAAAGUGACCACUUCUGACGGGGUCUUCGUGUGUGACGAUACAUACGCGACAACUAUACUCAGAAAGUGUGGAUCUCUUGCUCAUCUGACGAGAAGUAUUCUUCGAAAAUGCAACUCACUCAACAUAGAUGUGUGUACUCCUCCUCAGAACCCAUCUGCCAAAGUGGCCCCUCCCCUCACGCCCACAAUUGACGUGAAGUCUGUGAUCUGCUUCGACAAAAGCAGCAUUGACAACGGAGACUUAGACACAACUGGCAGUAGUAAACUCUUGUGCGGGAUCUCCAAUGUAUCUCCCGUAUCAGUGCAGUCGAUGAAAUUAUCUGAUAUGCUCCAAUCAGACACAAUGUCGCCCGCCUCAUUGCAGUUUGACGAAAUUGUCAACCAUCCAGUCCUGAUGAACAGUCAAUCUAUUUUGUCGUCUUCGCAUGCCCCCACCUCAUCAGGGAGCAGUUCGGCUGCAGCCCACCGAAAAAGAUCCAGAGCUAAGUCAAUCCAAGAUGAAGAAGGAGCUGCUAAAGGAGUGAAAGUGAAACAAACAAAAGUGAAGAAGUCGAUGUCAGUUGCAGGCCCAGCUCCAUCCCUGCCUUCUUCAUCGCCGUCGUCCUUGCAAUUCCAGCAAUUUCAAAUGCUCUCAAUGAUCACAAAUAAUCAGCUGUUUAUGACAUCGGCAAUGCUUCCGCCGCCCUUAGCUGUCACGCCCGAAAUUCUACCAAAUUCUUCGUCGGCGUCUCAGAGCAGUCCAAAUUCUACAUCAACCGGGUCACAAGAGUCGAAACUGAGAGAAAUUCUCAAUUCGCCGAAGGGGACUCCCGGUGCGCCUUCAACGCCAAAUCCACUUUCAGGGUUGCCAUUCAACCCGCCUAGUUUCGAUGCCAUGAACCAGCAACGUCAUUCCGGAACACCCCCAGCGAUGUCGCCAAUGCACCCUGAGUUUCUUUUGAAUCAACAGGCAGCUCUUGCUAUGCAGUUUCAGAACAUGUACGGAAGGGGUAUGAAACCUUCUGGAAUGUUCUCUCCAGUUUCUGGUUUGCAUAAUUCCAUGGAUCCUUCUCAGUCAUCGCAUUCGUCGUUCAACUACCCGCCUAAUUUGGCGCCUUUUCUUCAACAGUCGAUUAGCAUGCCAGGAGGAUUCAAUAUUGACUCAAAAUCUAUUUGUCCAUCUCCGUCAACGACAAUAACUCCCUCUAGUACGCCUGACGUACACAAUUCAAACUCAAAUUCAAUGUCGGUAGACUUUGACAUGCACGGUAGGAACAACUUUUCGUCGACAAUUGUCAAUUCUGAAGAAAAGGAUAGAGAGCGCGCAAUGAAACACCUGGCAGAGCUCAUCAAACAGCUUGAAAAUAAGAACAAUCUCAGCAAUGCUGAAAUCGAGGCCAUCGAGCUGCAGAUGAACCAGAUUUCAACCAAGUUGAGAGAAGCUGGUUUUAAUUCUGGGGGUAAGUUUGGUCAGAAUUUUCCUGGUACUGGUAAUAAAAGAAAAGGUUCGCAUGAUUUCACUGACUCCUCCUCAGUCUCGUCUAAUCAGAGCUUGAACGAGAGUCGAAAUUCGACUGACAGUGUGUUCACAGUUCCUACUAAGAAGUCGAAAAACACAGGACCACCUAAGAGACGAGGUAGGCCUCCGAAAGGUGAAGGCCAGAGUCCAAUCGGCCAAUUGGGACCAAAGUUCAAUGCGAAAGCAGACAGUGCUUCCAAUGAUGGUAUGAGUGGCACAGGAACAUCGCCGGUGAAGAAGAUGAAAGCCUCGCUGCUGUCUUCGGGGAGUAAAAACAAAAGCGAGUUUGAUGCGUUUGAAAUGUCAGAUGACUCAAGUGACUCAAACAUGGCUGCCUUGAUGAUGAGUACAGUUCCGAAAAAACCAAAGGCACCUAAAAAGAAGAAUCCAAAAAAGAUGGUGCAACCAAAUGCUGAGGCUUCGGAAUCUUCGACAACGACUACUUACAAGUCUCUGAACAAAUCGGAUACAGUUCUGGUAAUUAAAAAAUUGCAAGUGCAGCCAGCGUCUUCUGCCAAAGAUGAGCAUACUCCUGCUGCCAGUUCUCUAUCAGGCGGCACUGCUGCUACAACCAUGUCAUCCCACCCACCAUCAACCGUUACGCAAUCCUCUGUUGGAUCAUUGGCCGUUGCGUCACCAUAUUCUUCGCUAUCAGGGCCAUUGACCAUAAAAGAAGAUAAAGUAUCUUCCGAACCAACAUUUGGCAAUAGCCCUGGAACAGAUCCAUUGCAGUCUAAUAUCUCGUUAAAACCUUCGUCGGCAACAUCGGGAGUUAAAGAACAGCCGUUCAGUCUCAAUUCUAAAACCCAAUCCGAGGCAACUAAACAAGCAUUGUCUCUAGAAAAUAAGUCAUCGCCUAUGAAAAACCUGUUAGCAUCAUUCACGGCCGAAACAGCGGGAGUUGGAUCUAUUCCAACAAAAGUAACCACCGGUGAUGUGACUUCUGUCAAAGAAUUGUCGUCUUCAAAAAUGUCGAGUACCACAAAAGAUGCGAUUUCGUCAGUCUCGAAUGUUUCUGUUACCUUAGCUUCUAAAGACUCGGCCGGAACCGAUAUGCUGCCUCCGACGAAUGUAGGAAGCAAAUCACCGAGUUCAUCUAGUCCAACGAAAAAGAGACCAGGAUUAGAAAGUGUUGUAAAUAAACUGGCCGGACAUUCUCCUGGAUCUGCAGGUUCCCACACGUCUCCCGUUAGUCACGCGUCAAGUUCAACAGGAAUGUCCAUAAAACCGUCUAUUGUCGCAAACACAUUGCUUAAACCGGGAUCUCUCAAAACUAGUUCUGGCGUAUCUUCAAAAUCGGAAUCAAAAAAUAAAAUGAAAACUUUGAGUUUGGAGAAAACUAAGUCUGAAAAGAGUUCAAGUAAGAUUCUAAAUCCAAAACCUGGAUCACCGAUAGCUUCAACUCUUCCAGCUUUUUUGAAGUCUACUAAUAAGCUGAGUAAUUUUGUGAUUCCGAAGAAAAAGACGAAUAGUUCCGGAAGUGGUAGUGGCGGAAGCUCCGAUUCGGGAGCUGGGAGCUCGGUUGAAUCAGGAGCCAAUAAGUCAACUGUUUCCAACGUAACCCCUGCUUCAUCAGUUCACUCUGAAACCAAAGAAAAAUUAAACAGUGCCAAACUAUUCGAUUUUCCCUCGAAUGAUGAGUCUUCUGUCGCUAUACCACCUCCACCGACUGCUCCUAGGAGCUCAGCAAAACCGACAACUGGUACAAACUCGACUCCAUUGCCUACAACCCCUAAUUCGUCUGGCGGCGGAGGAAGCUCACUUGGUUUUUCAGCCAAGGGUGCAUUAAGUAUUCCCCUUAGCAGGGUCAGCGGAGUGUCUUUGAAGCCAGUACUGACUCGAAGUCCAAUAGAUCAAGACCCAAAACCGUUGAACCUCUCCGCAGAUGCAGACAAAUUAGAAAUUAUUUCCGAAAAACAAGCAACCGAAAAUAUGAAUUGAUGUAUUGAAACUAGUUAAACUAAAUUUAAUUUAAAUUUUUUUAUUUUAUGUCCUAAUUGAUGGCUUUAUCUGGCAAUAAAAUGCAUUCUAAAUGCUGCUAGUGGGCAAUUUAAUCAUUUAAAAUCCCGAGA